UUUUGUAAUUGAACAGGCCAGGCAGGCUUAGGUGACUGGCUGUCAUAGCGAUGUCUGAUGUCGACUUCCUACCACAAAUGAUACUUCGUUGUAUUGAGUGAUCGUCACACAGGAAAUAUUUCUGAAGCCAGCGCCUCUAGAAGUUCAUGCGCUGAUGAGGAUACGACCAUAUGAAGGUACUGCAUUGUGCGGCCUGUACGUCGCUUCCAAUGUUUUGCUGGCGGAACACUUUGAGAAGCGAAGAGCGACGGCCAGCAGUUUCGUAUUUGCCGCUUUUGGUUUCAACUCUAUCUUUCUUACACCACUGAUUGAGUUCUUCCGAACAACAUACGGAAUUAGGGGUGCAUUUCUUCUCUACGGAGCUAUUCUUCUCAACAUUAUUCCUGCUGUCAUUGUUCUCAGAAGUCCAUCAUGGCUGACAAAGCCGAAAAUUGCAAGAAGGAAGACGCAAGCUGAGGAUUACGAAGUUGUUCAAGCCUCUUUUCUGAUUGAACCAGUGAACGGAGAGCGUACUGAAGUCCAAGAAUCUGAAAGUCAGUUUUCUUGCCCAAUUCCGCACUUGGACUGUGAGAAACCAGAAAUAUUGCCUGUCAAAAACCAGAAAAUGCCACCCUAUUCUUGUUUGGUUUUGAAGAAGAGGUCACUGAAGCUAAAUUAUGCUAAAGAAUGCAUCCUAAAUGUUACACUUCCCACAGCGGCGAGACCAUUUUUUACGCUGACAUUUUUCACCCAAGCUCUCUCUUUCGCAGCCAUAAUUUUCAGUGCAAACAUCUUCACCAUAAUUACAGCCGACCUCGCCGCAGAUCGCGGUAUGACUCCUUCAGACGCGGUGUAUUUGCUACAAGCUUUCUCGGCAGCAGAUAUCGCCUUCAGAGCUGUAGCUGGUGUCAUGGUUGAUUCACACACGUUAUCGCAUGAAUUGGUCAUGUUGAUUGGAUAUGUAGCGCAUGGUCUCGCAUACGAGUGGCUGGUCUGGGUGAAUGCAUUUCCCCAAUUUGUUGUCGCAUCCAUCUUCAUGGGCUCCACGUACGGCUCACGAACGUGUCUACAGGGAUCCAUAUUGGUGAAGGACUUUGGCAUCGCCGCACUGCCAGUGGUUAUGGGAGGCGUGUUUUUCGCCACCGGCGUGGUUCUCCUUCUCACUCCACUAGUAAUCGGAUACUUCAGAGACACGUACGGUGACUACACCGGACUACUGCAUUGCUUAGCAGUUGUCAAUAUUUUCUUCGUGAGCAUUUGGACAUUCAAGCUGAUCGCUAAAAGGAGAGCAAAGACGACGAUGAACUCUAAGACUGGACAAGAUGUGUUCUCAGUGAAGAGUACAAAGCAGAAACCGGCAAUAUAGUAGGGUAGGCCGUUUCGUGAAAAAAAAAAUGAAGUGGCUGGUAAGGGCCAGUUUGAUGGGCAUAUUCGACACUGCUCAAACAAACAGGACUGAAGAAGAGAAUACACGGGUACAGACAGGUGGUGCUCAAAAUAACGACUAUUAGACAGGUUGGUUCGCACUUUUUUCAUGCUUACUUGUGCCUUUUUUCGCGUGGCAUUUUUGUGUUUGAGCAUGGCAUUGAAACAAACUGUACACUUGUUAGACUC